UUCGCUGGCAUUUCUUUCUCAAGAAGUUCUGUAACAUAUGUGAGUUAUUUUUUAUGAAGUCGACGCGUUCAGCGCCGUGCGCCAUUGUGUGACGCGCGACCAGCUCGACGAACGUCCGUAUGGCUCGCCGCUUCCGCUUCUGCCAUUUAACGGCUCUCGCGUUUCUCGUGUGCGUGCUGUCGCCGCGCUCGUCGGCGACCGCCAAGUACGACGUCCUCUUUUUCUCCGCCGGGCCCUACGCGCCGUGCGGCACGUCCGGUAACUUCUCCGCGGUCGGCGCGCAGGGCGCGCUCGAGCCGUACAAGGGCGAAGCGCGGUCGCUCAAGGGACCGGCGGUAUCGGGGCGAGUGACCGUUUACGAUGACUGCUACUUCGCGCUUUCGGAUCUCAGCAUCAGCGCGUCCGUCGACGCGCCGCUAUCCAUCUGGGCGGGGCCAAAAGGCGCCGACCCCUACUCGCACGCCGCGCCUGUCGACCCCUACGCCGCCUCCUCCUUUCCCGCCGCCGCCGCCUCUGCCUUCGCACCGGCCGGCACCGCAUUCAACCUCACUGCGACGUCGCUAGUGGUGGUGUUCCUGCAGGCGGGGGGGCUCACCUGGGACGAGGCACAGGUGCUCUACGUGUGCGCGGGGUCCGCCUCCGCGGGCAUCGCGCGGAUCUAUGCGCAGUUCGAAGUGGGGGCCCGGGGGGAGCACGGGGGGGCGCACGGCAAGGCGGUGCGCUGGGUGCGCAAGGCGGUGGGGGUGGCGGCCAGGGAGCAGCGCCUGCUCUUGCCCGCGCCCCCGGCGCGCCCCCCUCCUCCUCCCCCAAAGCCGCCUGCGCCGGGCAGCAGCGGGCCUUCCGCGGGGCUGACGAACUGCGUGGAGGCGGUGCCGGGGCUAAUGAACAUAUACUGGACCGUGCAUCACGCCGACGCAGACGCUGCCGCCGAUGCCGCGGCACCGCCGCCAGAAGCGUCUGCGGUCACGGGGUCCGCGACCGCGCCCACCAGCAGCGGCGGCGGGGAAAGCGGCGGUGGCGGGGGGAGCGGGCGGGGCGCGGUGGUGGAGGUGGGGAUGGAGGCGCGCGUGGGCGAGGGGUCGUGGGUGGCGUUCGGCGUGUCACGCAACCAGACGCGGUUCGCCAUGCUGCAGAGCGACGUGACGGUGGGCGGCGUGCUGGCGGGGGGCGCGGAGGGCUUCGCGCUGGACUUCCACAUCACGGCCAAGCAGCCGUGCCAGCAGGUCGCGGGGGGCUUCGUCGGCGUCUGCCAGGAUUCUCUCCUCGCCGCGUCCCCCACGCCGCUAAACAACGUGCGCCUCAUCUCCGCCGCGCGCCGCGGUGACGUCACAUUCAUCCGCUUCUCCAAGCCCGCCGCCACCUCCGACGACCGCUUCGACGCCAACCUGCUGCGCGCGCCGGGCCUCUCCGCGCUCUGGUGGGUCGUCUUCGCCGCCGGCCCCCUCGCGCCCGCGUCCACCGCCGCCGCGCCCGCGCUGCUCUUCCACGACCCCGCGCUGGGGUACUUCGCGGGGGGCACGCGCAUCCCCUUCGCUCCACCCGCGCCCAUCCGCACCUGCUCCCCGCUCUGGGGCUCCAAGCCCCUUUACCACCCCCCGCUCCCCCCCUACGCGCCCCCUCCCCCUCCCGGCGCCGCCGCCCCUCCCCCGCCGUUGGGGGCGGACGCGGCGGGCGGCGUGGCGGGCAUGCCGGGGCUGCGCGAGUGCAGCACAGCGGUGGGCGGGCAGGUGUACGCGUUCGACGCGUGCGACGCGCUGCCGGGCGGCUUCCUGCUGAUGUGGUCGCUGGCCGGCAUCACGCUGCGCGCCGCCUUCGUCGCGCAGGCCGUGCCCGAGGGAGGGUACGCCGCCGUGGGCCUCUCGCCGUCCGGCGCCGUCGUCAACUCCAGCCUGCUCGUCGUCGCGUACACGGGGCAGGGGGAAGGGGGAGGUAGUGGCGGGAAGAGCGGGGGGGCGGGAGGAGCAGCAGGGGGUGUGGAGGUGGGGCAGUACGUGGUGCGCGCGGCGAGCAGGGGCGCAGGCGUGGAGGCGGUGGCAGGGGGCGACCUGACGGUGGUGAGCAGCGCGGGGCAGGCGAGGAGCGGCGUGGUGACGCUGCUCUUCUCGCUACUGCUGCUGCCCAACCAGACCGCCGCCGCCUAUCUCGUCUGGACCAAGGGCUCCCACGCCGACCUCUCGCUCGCCGCCACCGCUGCUGCGGCCAACGACAGCGCCACGGGUGGCGGCAGCUUGUCGGUGGACGGGUUGGAGGCGCUGAUGACGUCAGCGAUCAGCUUUGAGCGCGGCGAGCCCAAGGACGACGCCAAUGACACGAUCCGCCUCUGGAAGAUCCACGGCAUCAUCAGCACGGUGGCAUGGGCGCUGCUGCUGCCGCUGGGCGCCAUGGCGGCACGCUACCUGCGCCAGGUGUACCCGCUGUGGUUCCCUGCGCACCAGGCGCUGCAGCUCGCUGCGUGCUCGCUCGCCACCGUGGCGUUCACCAUGGCGUUCACCAUGCCGCACGGCGCCAUCGCUGGGCGGGCGGACGAGGCCAGCCGGGGUGCGUGCGUGACGGCGCACACGGCCAUGGGCAUCGCGCUCAUGGCGCUCGCCGCAUUGCAGCUCUCAGCGCUGGUGUGGCGCCCGCACGAGGACAGCCCCUCGCGCCCCUACUGGCGUCGCGUGCACGCGGCACUGGGUGCGCUGACGCUGCUGCUGGGGCAGGCGCAGGUGUUCAUCGGCCUCUUCAUCUCGGCGGCCCCGCUGUUCUACACGGUGCUGCUGGCCGCGUGGGUCAUCUUCGCUGUGCUGCUGGCCACGGCGCUCGAGCUCCACUUCUUUCCCACCUUCUACCGCCUCGCGCACUGCCGGCCGCGCCUCACAGGGGGGGAGGGCGCUGACGAGGCGUCUGACGUGGACAGCCUGUGUGCGUCCAGUGACCGGCUGGCAGGCGGUGCUGGCAGGAAAGGGCCCUCAGGUGCCGCUGCUGGCGCCUCGCCUGCCCCCCGCGCUGGAGUGGGCGCGUCCCCUGCUGCUGCUGGGGGCGCAACAGCAGCAACAGCAGCGGAGGGGGGGGGCAAGUUGAGCAGUGGGGGGGGCGCAGUGGGAGGCUGGGUGGCGGCAGUGGUGGGGGUGCUGAGGCGCAACAGGGGCGCGGGUAUGCUGCCUGAACAGCCGAGGGGGCAGGGGAGAAGAGCGAGGGGGGGGAAGGGUGUGGGAAGGGGAGGAGGGAGAGGAGGGGGCGCCGCAGGCGGUGUGAGAGGGAGUGAGCGCCAUGGGGCGGGUGAGCGGCAUGCGGGGUACCUGGGUGCGGGGGCCGGGGGGUACAUGAGCAUGGCGGGCGCCAACGCCGCCACGGACAGACGAUCCAAGGAGCUGCUGCCACCACCCCCACACGCACAGGAACCACCAGCCCACGCCGCUGCUGCUGCUGCUGCUGGUGCUGGUGGCGUGACAGAGGCAGAGGGAGCAGGAAGGGAGGGGGUGAGAGCGGGGGAGAGAAGAGAAGGGGUGGAGGGAAAGGGAAGUGCGUUGGGUCGAAGCCAGACAGUGGCAGAGGGGGGUGCGAGGAAGGACGAGUGGGAGGUCAGCAGACAGGGCCACCAUGCCACUGCUGCACCUGCUGCUGCUGCUGCUGCUGCCGCAGGGGGCAGCAGCCAAUCACGAGACGCGUGGUUGGGUGGAGCGGCAGCACGGAGGGGGGAGAGAGGUGAGGGGAGGGCGAGUGAGGGAGUGAGUGAGGGAGUGAGUGAGUACAUCCGCGUGGACAAGUACAAUGUACGGGCCACAGUGGUGAGAGCACCGGACCUCGCUCUCAGGGGAAGAGGACAGCAGGGAAGGGCGAGGGGAGAGGCAGGAGAGGCAGGAGGAGCGGGAGGGGUAGGAGGGGGAAGCAGCAUGAGUAAAGGGGGAGGAUCGGCCCAAUAAUGUUUUGAAAGAGUGGUGCUGUGCUGUAAGGCAUCGUGCUGUGACGACAUCGUGCUGUGCCAUGCUUAGAUUCACCAUGGCAGGUCUGUAUGGCCCCAUAUGUGAAGGUGGCAGCAUGAUGUGUGUGUUGCACGAUGCAGUAACCACCUGUGCACUGCACCAGGCAACAUGCGGUCCACGUUGUUCUCCUGCUAGGCUGUAGCCACGUGCUCACCUCUGCACACCGCAGCAGCCCCUGCUACAGAUGGUCUCAGCUACUGCAUGAAUCACAAGCAGUCGGUUGCUAUGAAGGCCAUAUCAGACAUGAGAGUAGCUCCAAGAUUGCAGCCAUACAGACAGUUGCUCAGAGUAAAUGCACAACAAACUG